AUGCUUUGUACGUUUAAUACCUCUGAGAAUAUUUCCCGUCCCGCUUUUCUUUCUUUCUUCUUUUUCUUUUUCUUUUCUUUUCAUCUCUCUUUCUUUGUCCUUUCCUUUUGUCUCACUUUCUUUUUCAUUAUCUUUUUCCUCACUUUUCUUUCUUCCAUUUGCUUUUCUUUUUCUUUUUUAUUAUUCUUUCUUUCUUUCUUUCUUUCUGCUUUUGUUUGUUUGUUUCUUUCUUUCUGUCUUUCUUUCUGCUUUUUUUGUUUGUUUGUUUGUUUUUUUGUUUCUUUUUUCUUUUUCUUUCUUUUCUUUUGUUUUUUGUUUCUUUCUUUCUUUCUUUCUGUCUUUCUUUCUGCUUUUCUAAUUGUUCUUUCUUUCUUCCUUCCUUUCUUCCUUCCUUUCUUCCUUCCUUUCUUUCUUUCUUUCUUUCUUUCUUUCUUUCUGUCUUUCUUUCUGCUUUUGUUUGUUUUUAAUUGUUCUUUCUUUCUUUCUUCCUUUCUUCCUUCCUUUCUUUCUUUCUUUCUUUCUUUCUUUCUUUCUUCCUUCCUUUCUGUCUUUCUUUCUGCUUUUUUUAAUUUUCUUUCUUUCUUUCUUCCUUUCUUCCUUUCUUUUCUUUCUUUUCUUUCUUUCUUUUCUUUCUUUCUUUCUUUCUUUUCUUUCUUUCUUUCUUCCUUCCUUUCUUUCUUUCUUUCUUCCUUUCUUUCUUUUUCUUUCUUUCUUUCUUUCUUUCUUUCUUUCUUUCUUUCUUUCUUUCUUUCUUUCUUUCUUUCUUUCUUUCUUUCUUUCUUUCUUUCUUUCUUUCUUUCUUUCUUUUACUCCUUUGUCUUUUUUAUUUUCUUCCUUCCUAUUUCCGUUUCUUUUUGUUUAAUUUUGAAUCAUUCCUUCUUUUUCGGGGGUGGGGAGGGGCUUAUUUUUUCCCUUUCAUUAAUUCUUUUUACUUUUUCGGUUACUUUUUCUCUUUCUUUAGUCCGUUCUUUAUUUCUUUCAUUCUUCGGCAUUUUCUUUCAAAUUUUUGCUUCUGUAAUAUUUUUUCACUCUUACUUCUCAAAUUUAAUUUCUCUUUCAUUCAUUUAUUCAUUCAUUUUUUCUUUCUUUCUUUCAUUUUCUUUCUUUCUUGUAGUUUUUAUAACACUGCCAGUCAUUCUACACUCACUACUUCCUUUUCUCUUUCUUCAACAGCCUAGCUUUUUUUUUAACCCCUGCUCACCUUCCUGGCCUCCCCCUCUUCGUACGUCUCACUGCUUUCUUUUUUAUACGUUUCCUCCCUUCAUUCCGUAUUUUUCCCCUUCUGUUAUUCGACCCAUCUCUUAUCAACAUUUUCAUCAAUUUCUUCCGAUAUCCAAGUCGUUUUAUUUCCCGUCCACGGCCCUUACCGGUUCUCGCGUUAUUUUCUUUAAGCAAGAGGAAGAAACUAACUGUCAGUCAGAUUCUGAACUGGCUGGCGGGAAGAAAGGCCGACCUAUCUUAUCUCACUCAAAGAAGAAUACUAGAAUAUAA